AUGGCGGGUAGCAAGCUCUCUAGGCCCCAGGAAGAAUCGACCAAAAAGAGAAAAAGGGACCUGAACGAGGCCGACGCGCGAUCAAAGAGAUCACGACCGCAGCAAGGCGACGAGGACGAACAGGCAGAGUCUCCAGCUGACGGAGACUCUGAAUCCGAUGAUAACCUUCAAAAUGGAGCGUUGUUGAGGUCAAAACGCAAUGGUGAUGAGAGUCUGAUUGGCCGUUCUUUUGAUGGAGAAACUGGCUGGAGAAUCUCCAAGCCCAUGGGCGGUAGAAUGCUCGACAUUGAUCCAAUCCUUACUCAAGAUGACCAAUACCUUAUCUUGACAUACAACACCUCCAUUCAGGUGUACACAGCUAGCGACUCGCUACUCUUGAGACGAAUCCCGAUAGGCGCCGCCGAUGCCUCUUCGUCAAAGGGCACAUCUCCUGCGAACAUUGUUGCGACCAAACUGUCCAUUCAGAACCCCGAAUACCUCUGGGUUGCCUGCUCAGAUGGUCAACUUUACUAUGUCCACUGGACAGAGACCGCCGAGACACACCAGAGCUUCCAGACGGUGACGGGCACGGCUCAUGCAAUCACGGUGACCUCGACCGAGGUUUCGGGCUCAAAGGCCGAUGUUGUCGUGGUAUCUGAAUCAACCAAAUCAAAUCGGAUGGAAUUGACCGCAUAUGGCGGGGAUAUUCUCUCAUCUCCGCUCUCAAAGGCCAUUUUGAGCACCAAGAAGUCGGGCAAUGGCUUGCACUUGAUCGAGUCGAGCCAGGAUGGCCUAGUCUUGGUCGGUGCUCUCAAUGACUCUUUAUUCCUUGGUGUAGCUUCACACAAGCAACCAACCGGCUUUGAGCAGCUGCAAUACGACUUCUUUUCAUUCGACGUGCCCGAUAUCAUCACCACUCUCGAUUUCAGAGUUUAUCCAACUUCUGCCUUGAACAAGUCCAAGGGGCGGCGUGACUCUGAGAACGUCGUGGACAUUAUUGUUGGUGGUGCACGAGGAGCUAUCUAUCUCUACCAUGAUGCUCUCUCUCGAAGCCAAUCACUUGGAAAGUCCAAUUCCUCCAAGGAGGGCAUCCAAGCCCAGAAAUUCCACUGGCACCGAAAGGCAGUCCAUUCCGUCAAAUGGUCUCGAGACGGUAACUACAUGAUAUCUGGAGGUUCUGAAAACGUCCUUGUACUGUGGCAGAUGGACACCGCCAAAAAGGAUUUCCUCCCACACCUGUCAGGCAGUGUAGAAAACAUUGUUGUUUCUACCAGCGGAUCAUCCUACGUUGUGCAUCUUGAUGACAACUCAACGAUGAUCUUAUCCACUGCUGAACUUAAGCCGACCACAUAUAUUUCCGGCAUUCAAUCCGCCGCCGCCGAGGCUUCGACACCCAAAGACUUGCUCGUGCAGCGCGUUUGGUCAGUAGAGGAUAAAGUGCGACGACCCAUACCUGCUGCAAUCAACGCAGCGGAGCCGUCCAAGCUUCAUGUCUGCGUCGGCAACGGUCGUCAGGCAACAAUGACUGGAGAGUUCUCGGCGCCCCUGUUGCAGUCUUUUGACCUCGAAACUUUUACGAGCAUCUCCAAACAGGCAUUGGCUCGGACACAACCCACAGACGUCAACUUGACCAACAAGGGCUACGCCAUUGAAGAGCCUGUCGUCACGCACAUUGCCUUUUCUGCAGAUGGAAAGUGGCUGGCCAGUGUCGAUGACUGGACUCCUACAAAUAGAGAUGUCGCAACGGUUAGUGGCGAGGUCGGCGACCAGUUCCUCAAGGAGAGGCACGAGUCAUACCUCAAAUUUUGGCAAGUCAACGGCGAGGAUAACUCAAUUGCUCUUGUAUCUAGGAUUAAUGCGCCUCAUGCAACGAGCCAUCCCGAGACUGUCCUUGAUCUUGCAUCAAACAAUGCCUCAACUUGCUUUGCCACUAUUGCUGGAGAUGGCAUUGUUCGUCUAUGGCGACCAAAGGCUCGCCAGCAAGAAGGCUCACGAAAAACAGACGCUAACGUGGAAUUCACUUGGGUUUGUUCCCGGAUAAUUCCCAUUGGCGAUGGACUUGGUGUCGUCACAGACAUCCCCAGCGACGCGUCUGUUCCUGCGCAGGCCCAAGCCCGCCUCGCAUUUUCGGAAGACGGUUCUACUCUGUUUGCCGCAUUUGGCGCUCUCGACACGGGAGCCGUGUAUGUUAUCAAUGCGGCCUCUGGCGAAGUCGUCAAGAUUCUAGAGGGCCUCUGGAAGGGACAGCUGCACUCAUUGCGAGUCCUGUCACAGUAUCUAAUUGUGCUUUCUGAGGAGCUGCAUGUCUAUGAUGUUGUGAGCGACGAUUUACGGUAUGGAAUUGUGGUUCCCAAGACUGGAGCCGACGAGCUGCUACAGCUUGCCGUCGACUCGACAUCCGGCCACUUCGCCGUCACUCUUCCUCUCGGAAACACCUCUAGCAUAGGAGUCUUCCACCCCAGCGAACCUGAGCCGCUCAUUGUUUGCAACACACCCCAUCGAAUCGUGAGCCUUAUUUCGGUACCCGGCACCAGUGGCUUUGUCGCGCUUGAUGAUGUCGCCCAGAUCUGGACCAUUACCGAAGGCUCCAACGCGUCAACCAUCUUGGCUGCUCAGCCCCUUCAGGAUCUGAGACUCGAUAAUGCUUCUCAGGAGGCUGAUAAUAACAAGUUGGCCGUCCUUUUGGGUGGAGAUGCUGAAAGCGAUGAUGAGAUGGGGGAGGCCCAGAACGCAGACGAGGAUGUGGAGAUGGACGACGACGACGUCCAGACCAACAUUAUACCCCAACAAUACCUGGCAGACAUUUUCGACGCUGCCCCCGCCUUUGCCGGAGCUUCGAUCGAAGACAUGUUUUACAAGGUCACUGGUCUCCUUGCGACCAAGCCACUGUCGGCUACUUCUGUAUAA